GAUCUCGAAGUUUCCUCGAGCGUCAUUUUGCACUUGGCACCCUUCCGCCCACACCUCUCUCUCUAUCCAUCAUGGUCCACAUUGAACGCAAGGGUGACGGCGCCUCGUUUGGCGCUGGCCAGGCCGCGGCCCGUAUCCUCGGCUCGACGGCCUCGGGCGUGCUCGAGCUCGCGCUCUUCCACCCGGUCGACACGGUUGCCAAGCGCCUCAUGACCAACAAGAACAACGCGCUGAGCUUGUCCGAAGUGAUCUUCCGCGAUGCGCACACCAAGCCGGCCGUCACCAAGUACAAGUCGCUCUUCCCCGGCGUCGGCUUUGCCGCUGGCUACAAGGUCACCCAGCGCAUGUACAAGUUUGGCGGCCAGCCCGUCGUGAAGGACUACAUGACCAAGAACCACCAAGGCCUCUUCUCGCAGCUCUUUGGCGAGCGCAACGCCAAGACCAUGAUGCACGCGACGGCUGGCUCGCUCAUUGGCAUUGGUGAAAUCGCGCUCCUCCCGCUCGAUGUGCUCAAGAUUCGCGCCCAAACCAACCCGGACGCGAUCGCGGGCCGUGGCGUUGUCACCAUCUUCAAGACGGAGGGCCUUGCGUUGUGGCGUGGCGGUGCCUGGACCGCUGCGCGUAACGCGCCCGGCUCGUUUGCGCUCUUCGGUGGCUCGGCCGCGUGCAAGGAGUACCUCUUCAAGCUCGAGGACUACAGCGAUGCGACGUUCUGGCAGAACUUUGUGGCCUCCAUCUCGGGUGCAAGCGCCAGUAUCAUCGUCGCGCAGCCGCUCGACGUCAUCAAGACGCGCAUCCAGUCGCGCCCGUUCGACUCGCCUGAGUCGGGCAUGCAGGUCAUCUCGAACUUGCUCAAGCACGAGGGCCCUGGCGCGCUCUUCAAGGGUCUCCUCCCCAAGCUUGGCGUGGUCGGCCCCAAGCUCGUCUUUUCGUUCUCGGUCGCGCAGUCGUUGAUCGCCUACUUUGAAAAGGCCUUUGCGUAAGCGUGCGUGUGAUGUAGAAGAUAUAACUAGAGACAAAAACGAUGGCGCCGUGUCCAUGCAA